UGCUAUAAAGCUCCUUUACAACAAUAGAGUACAGAUACUCAAAAUCUUUAACAAUAACAAGGUGCAUGAUGUUUCAAGAAACUGGUCUCAUGACUGCACCCUCAAUUGAUGCUUCUUUUUACAAUCACUCCGUCGGUAAUGACACUGUCAUUAAUAUCAAUGAAAGUGAAAUCAUCUUAACCAAAAUGCAGCUGGACUCGAGCUAUGAUCCUCACUUUGUGACCGACUGCCCUGCUGCUCACCGCUCUUCAUGGUCUGAAAUUCCUACAAGUUCAGAUCUCUACGGUCAGAAAUCACCUGGCAAAGUUUCCUUUAUUGAGAAAUUGCGGAGGCGUGGCAGACACGGUGGCUCUGCUUUCAGCUCCAACAAGUCGUUUCCACGUGAAUCAGAACUCGUGAGCAUGAGGAGCAAGUCCAGGCUGAUUGAUCCACCGGAGCAGAAUGACAGUUUUAAGAGAAUCAUGAAGUCUGUUGAAUGUAUAGAGGAAGGAAGUGAUGUUCAUGAUGAUGAUCCUUAUGUGGAGGAAGAUUUUCCAGAGGAGUUUAAGAUGAUCAAGUUUAGUAAGUGGGCUGUCAUUCAGUUUUUUUGCAUGAUUUUCAUUAUUGCUGCUUUGGUUUGUAGCCGUUUUCUUAAUAUUUUUAACGAGAACAAGUUGCGAGGACUUGAAUUGUGGAGAUGGAGCUUACUGCUUUUGGCUUUGUUAUGUGGGAGGUUGGUUGCAGGUUGGGUCAUUCGGGUGGUGGUGUUUUUUGUUGAGCUUAAUUAUAUGCUGCGGAAACGUGUACUUUAUUUUGUUUAUGGCUUAAGGCAUGCUGUCAGGAAUUGUAUUUGGUUGGCUUUGAUUUUGAUUUCUUGGAGAUUCGUGUUGGUUGAUAGAGUUGAGAACUUGGUUCAUGGUAAGGCCUUAAAUUACGUGACUAAAGCUUGGGUUUGUUUGUUGGUGGGGACUUUGAUAUGGUUUGUAAAGACACUGUUUGUUAAGGUUCUAGCUUCAUCGUUUCAUGUCAGCACUUUCUUAGAUCGAAUUCAGGAUGCAUUGUUUGAUCAAUAUGUGAUCGAGACUCUCUCAGGGUCACCAUUAGUUGAGCAUCAUCUAGAGCCAGUAGAAGAGGAUCAGAUCAUGGCUGCGGUUCCUCAGUUGCAGAAUGCUGGGGCUACUGUACCUCCUGAUCUAAGGACAACUGUUUCUUCAACGAACACGAAACCAAAAAGGAUGGCUAAAACCCGAAAAAGCUUUCCCUCUUUUAAAAGCUCUAGAUUUUCGACAGUUGCAACUAAAGAGGAAAAAGAGGGGAUCACUAUAGGUCACUUGCACAGGUGGAAUCAAAAGAAUAUCUCAGCGUGGAACAUGAAGAGGCUGAUGAAUAUUGUCAAGAAAGGAACUCUGUCGACUUUAGAUGAGCAAACAGGGGAGGAUGAGAGCGCAGUACAGAUCAGGAGUGAAACUCAGGCUAAAUUUGCAGCCAAAAAGAUUUUCUGCAAUGUAGCUAAGCCAGGCUCAAAACACAUUUACCAGGAGGAUUUGAUGAAAUUCAUGAGAGACGAUGAGGCAUUGAAAGCAAUAACUCACUUCGAAGGGGCCAGUGGUUGGAAAGGAAUCAGCAAGAAAGAACUAAAGAAUUGGAUGGUAAAUACAUUCAGAGAGCGGAGAGCCUUGGUAUUGUCCCUGAAUGAUACGAAAAAAGCUGUAAACAAACUUCACCAGAUGUUAAACAUCUUUGUAGCACUUUUUAUAGGGGCUAUCUGGAUUCUUAUACUUAAAGUUGCCAGUAUCCAUUUUUUUGUCCUUCUGAGCUCCCAGUUACUUUUAGUUGUUUUUGUGUUUGGAAACACAUGCAAGACCAUGUUUGAAGGGAUCAUCUUUUUAUUUGUGAUGCACCCAUUUGAUAUUGGUGAUCGAUGUGAAGUUGACGAUGUUCAGUUGGUUGUUGAAGAGAUGAAUAUAUUAACGACAACAUUUCUGAGGUAUGAUAACCAAAAGAUCUGCUACCCGAACAGCUUGUUAUCUAACAAGCCCAUAAGUAAUUACUAUCGGAGUCCAGAUAUGGGAGAUGCCAUUGAUUUCUCUAUCCACAUUUCAACUCCUGUAGAAAAGAUUGCUUUGAUGAAGGAAAAGAUCACCAGCUAUAUCGAGAAGAAUAGUGAUCACUGGUAUCCAGCUCCAAUGAUCGUUCUUCGAGACAUUGAGGACAUGAACAGGCUGAAGAUAUCGUUAUGGCUUUCUCAUCGAAUCAAUUUUCAGGACAUGGGUAAAAGGUGGGCGAGGAGAGCACUUGUUCUUGAAGAGAUGAUCAAAACAUUUAAAGAGCUUGACAUUGAGUAUCGUAUGGUUCCUCUGGACAUGAAUGUGCGGAGCAUGCCAGCUAUGGCCUCGAACAGGCUUCCCUCAGUUUGGACCUCUCAUACUAACUGAUAAAAGACAAGAACCUGUUGAACAUUUGGCAUUCAGUGGCCUUAGCCUUUCGUACAUCUUUAUGCAUUCCACAUUUCCCGGUUGAA